AUGGGCGACUUACCCAGUGAUAGAACUCAGUUAGAGUUUCCGUUUUUAAACACAGGCAUGGAUUACGCUGGUCCGAUCUUAAUAGCAAAUCGUAAAGGUAGGGGUGCUAAGCUAAUGAAGUCGUACAUUUGCAUAUUCGUCUGCCUCGCAGUCAAAGCCUUGCACAUCGAACUCGUCACGGACCUGACAACAGAGGCGUUCUUGGCAGCCUUUUUUCGCUUUACUUCCCGUCGAGGUCUUCCGGCAACUGUGACGUCAGACAACAUGACCACCUUCGUCGGAGCUGCCAAUGAGAUCGACAUUUUCUUUAAAACCUAUUCUAAAGACAUUCAGUCUGAAUUAGGUAAUCGGGGCAUCGAGUUUCAAACAAUUCCUCCCUAUUCUCCUCAUUUUGGGGGACUAUGGGAGGCAGCGGUUAAAUCUAUCAAGUACCAUCUAAAACGAGUCUUAAGUUUAACACACUUAACCUUCGAGGAAAUGUCGACUUGUCUUGUCCAAAUAGAGGCCGUCCUAAAUUCUCGUCCACUAACCCCCUUGUCUACAGAUCCCUCUGAUCUCUCCUGCCUCACACCUGCCCAUUUCCUCAUUGGACGCUCACUCUUAACCGUACCGCGUCCUCCAAUUGGCGAUAUAAAAAUAAGCUGCCUCGAUCGCUACCAAAGAGUGCAGAAGAUAAAGGAACAUUUUUGGGCGCGAUUUUCACUUGAUUACGUUCAUCUCCUGCAACAACGCAUCAAGUGGCGUUCACCUUCGGCUGACUUACCUCUUGAUACUCUUGUCUUAGUUCGCGAGAAGAACCAGCCGCCUCUGCUCUGGUGCCUAGGCCGCGUUGUCGGCGUUCAUCCGGGACGUGACGGCGUCACUCGAGUGGCAGAUAUCAAGACCAAAAGGGGAAUUAUUCGGAGGGCUUUUAAUAACAUAUGUCCUUUGCCUUCAGUUUGCUCUCAGGCCUAG